GCACUUCCUAUUAAUAACCUCAGAACUAUCAAUAGCCUAUAGGCAACGCCAACCGAAACUUUCCAGACUGUCGGGAACGUCUAUAAUCGCGCGCUUAUCUCAGCCUUAGAAGUUAUGUUAUGUGCCUCGGUGCCCUAGUAGUCUCGUUCUUAUGUGAUUCUGAUGGGUUUGCUCAAACUCGAAUCAAAAGGUCAAAAUACCUGCAUCGCUUUCCCUCUCUAAAAAAAUACGAUGGACAUACCGAUCAACACACAUGGCGAGAAUGUGGUUAAGUUGAUCUCGGCAUUGUUAUCCGAUGCUGGAGUGCCAUCCGUCCUUUGGGGUGAUUACCUUCUUACCAUCUACGGAGUUCCCUCCAUCAUUGGCGGAAUCGAGUUCGUCAUUCCAGACGAUAAACUGCCCACUGCGAUCGCGGCGUUCAAGAAGUCGAGUUUACUAUCGUGUCCAGACCCUCAGACAUGCAUUGUUUCUGGGGAAUUAAGCCAGACUCCAGCUCCGGCUUUCCACAUGCACAUCGAAGGCUCCGAGGUAGACAUUUCCUUGAGAACUCACUCCGAGACUCUAUGGUUCAUACCCCCGCCCAGCAGUGCAGACCUCGAGAUGAAGGCAAGCGAAAUGUCUAAAGCCUAUUAUAUGAAAGCAUCGGAUGCUUCGCUGCCCGGCCCAAGACACGGCCGUGGACACGGCGCAUUCUCCCCGGAUGGACCUCCGGUAAUUAUCCCACGAGCACAUAUCCUCCUAGAGGCGUAUAUUCGUCUCGCUAGUGCGUUUCGCAAACACUAUGUCAGCUUCUUCCUUAGCAUGGUCACAUACAUGGAGGAGUACGUCGACCGUGACGGAUUCAUUGACGAAACUCGGCUUUCGAAACCCUGUCGAAUAUUUUGGGACGAGCUGAAGAGGGAUGACAAGCCGGUCAGAGAACUAAUGAAUGAACUUCAGCAUGGAUUAGGUGAUGGCGUAUACACGAAAUUGGGCGCUGACGUGGGGAGCGUAUAGGACUGGAUGAGUUACCUAGGUACCUACUAGUCUUAUGUGGAAGCCCUUUUCUUAGAAGGAAAAGCAUUGUGUGGGUUUUGUAACAUGUAUGCUAAACGCGCAAUCCUAGAUAUUAUUUCGCCCCAACAAAAACUGGUUUAAUUCAAUUAUCUAUGAGGCUAUGUAUUUCAAUUUAUUAUUACAA